GUCAGACAGAUAUUAGAUUGAGGGUUUGAUCACUUUGACCGGUCACGAAAUUUUCGAAAACUAUGCCUGCAAAAUACAAAAUUGUUAUGAUUCGCCAUGGCGAAAGUGAAUGGAAUCAGAAGAAUUUGUUUUGCGGAUGGUUCGACGCCGAUUUGAGUGAUAAGGGUCGCGAGGAGGCCGUGGCCGCCGGCAAGGCGUUGAAAGCCGAGGGUUACACGUUCGACAUCGCCCACACGUCGGUGCUGAAGCGAGCCCAGAUCACGUUGAGCUCGGUGCUGAAGGAGAUCAACCAGGCUGACUUGCCAGUUAGCAAGACUUGGAGACUCAACGAGAGGCACUACGGUGGACUCACCGGCCUUAACAAGGCCGAGACCGCAGCCAAAUAUGGAGAAGCUCAGGUCCAAAUAUGGCGCCGCAGCUUCGACGUGCCCCCUCCCCCCAUGGAGAAGGACCACCCCUACUAUGACACCAUCGUGAACGACCCCCGCUACGCUGGUGACCCAAAACCUGAAGAGUUCCCGAUGUUCGAGAGCCUCAAGCUCACUAUUGAGCGCACACUGCCAUACUGGAAUGAUGUUAUUGUGCCACAGAUCAAAGAAGGCAAGAAGAUUAUCAUCGCCGCUCACGGAAACAGCCUUCGAGGCAUUGUCAAGCAUUUAGAUGGUCUCAGUGACGCCGCCAUAAUGGAACUCAACCUGCCCACGGGCAUCCCGUUCGUGUACGAGUUGGACGAGGAUAUGAAGCCGACGGACUCCAUGCAGUUCCUCGGGGACGAGGAGACGGUCAAGAAGGCCAUGGCCGCCGUCGCCGCUCAGGGCAAGGCUAAGUAAACAAUAUUAGACCUUAUUACUUUUGUGUAAGGUGU